AUGCCCGUCAAGAGUCCUCCCACAGCAUGUCCUGGCGGAAUCGUUGAACAGCAUAUCCUCCUGGAGGACAAAGUUGCGAUUGUGGGUGAGUUCCUCCCCAUCAUAGAUGUCCCUCGCGGCGUGCACUUCCAGCUUAUACUUCCCCCUAACCCUCCUGCCAACGAGCUUGACUGUUGGGUUGAGGUCAUGAUUCAUCAGCCGGAAGAUGUUGCUAAUCCUCUCGAGGUUGAUGACGGCAACCUCGAUCUUAACGCAGGCGACGAGACCAUCUCUCGUCAAUGCCGGACACCAUCCGUUGAGAUGGAUGCCGAGGGGAACCAGUUCUCCAGAGAUGCGGCCGAUAUAAUCACCCUUGUGGUAUGCGAGCUCGCCGGACUCUGCCGCGACGACGUCCAGACCUCGGCCCUUGCCCUCGUAUAUCCGAAUGCGAGGCAGUAUCUUGUGACGGCGACGUGCACAGCGUUCAGAUGA